AUGCUUCAUCUCUUUUUGCUUGUUUGUGUCGCAUCUGCGGCCACUGUCACUCAGCCGACGCCCCUUCCGAUUCCGGCACCCAAAACGACAGAUGAGAUUGAGAAGAAUGCGGUCUCUUUGAAAAUGACGUCUCCUGGAGAACACACUGUUGCCCGUGAGUUUAUCCAAGCAUUUUCUAGACAAGACGAUGUGAUUCUUUUGAACAGAAAAUGCAACAGCGAAGAACUUGAGCAGAUACUACAAUUGAGUAUAUCCUCAAGUUUGAGCACUUCGAAAAUGGUGAUAUCAGAGCGAGCAGAACGCGAAUUCAAUUCUCAAUUCGACGUGAUCUGUGCGAAAGGAAUCUUCUCGUACUACAUCGAAGCGAGCAAAUAUUGCGAGGUGACCAAAAAUGAGAUCACCUGUCUCGCGUACAACUCCACGAAACGGGAUCAACAAAACGAGGGUUCCGGAGCGGAGGAUCCGAAUGACGAAGAUGAUGAAUAA